UUGUCGGUCAGUCGUCACAAAACCUCAAAAUUUAUUACACCCCUUCAAAACCCUAAAUCGGUUCUGGUCGUUCGUCAGUCACUCUUUUUCUCUCUUGGACUGUAAAUUCAAACUGAUUAAAAAUGAGUGGGACAGUAGCAGCUGCAGAGAAAGGUUCAUCCACAACCAAAACCCCAUCCGAUUUUCUCAAAUCCAUUCGAGGCAGACCUGUUGUUGUCAAAUUGAAUUCUGGCGUCGAUUACAGAGGUAUUUUGGCCUGUUUGGAUGGUUACAUGAAUAUCGCAAUGGAGCAGACCGAAGAAUACGUUAAUGGACAACUGAAAAACAAAUACGGUGAUGCAUUUAUCCGAGGAAACAAUGUUCUUUACAUCAGUACAUCAAAGAGAACGGUUGCAGAAGACGAGUAGCUUCUAUGUUUCACCAGAAAUCAUCUCAUGUUUAUUGCUAUUUUCUUAAUCACCUAUAUACAUUGAUGUAAUGAUUUUUUUAAGUAUUUUGUAGCAUUGUUGAAACAAAACUAAUUAUCUGAAUCAUGGAUAACCUGUUAAUAGAGGCGUGGUAUGCGACAGAUAAAAAGUAUCACUGUAGAGGCCAAAACUUGAUGCAUCGGGUCAGAUAGAGUGAAGUUAUUGAACUCGAAUUUCACCUCCAUGUAUAUUUGUGUCAAAUACAUGGACUUUAAUCCUGGCAAAUCUAAGAUAAUGUAUUUUGCAA